UGUUGUUGUUUUGCCGCAGGGUCAGUGAAAAGUCCGUUUCUUAUUUUAAUAAUUUUCUGCAAUAAUUUGCAGAAAUAGUUUUCAUAAUACCAUAGGCGCCCCUAGGGUCAGCUCCGGGUGGACUGAAAUGAAAGGUAAAGAACGGUCGCCGAUUAAAAAACGGUCCCGGGCCUUGGACGAUAUUCGAGACAGGGGAGGAUGCCACCCGACCAGCAAGAAAAUGGGGGCUCUCUCGGUUUCCAGUGGGAGUAAUAAUGGGAAUAGUUCGACAAAAGGCGACGGCGGCUCAACCAGGAGAAGCCUGCUCGGCGACAGGAGGGAAAGGGACUUCGAAGGACACAGUCGGGCUGGAAAUAAUCACAGUUGUCAGUCUGCUACCGCUAGCUCUAUCGGUAAAAACCACAGCCUGAGCCUGACGCUGGAUUUAGCCUCACCGAGGACCACCUCACGCGGGGAGCAGCGGGUUCAGCCUCCCAGCACUGAGAGUGAGUACAAAACUCUGAAAAUAAGCGACCUAGGCACCCAGCUGAGUGACGAAGACAUAGAGGAUGGACUGUUUCAUGAAUUUAAGAAAUUUGGAGAUGUGAGCGUCAAGAUAAGCCGCAGCAACGACGAGCGGAUAGCAUUUGUUAAUUUCAGGAAGCCGGAGGACGCUCGAGCGGCUAAGCACGCGAGGGGACGGUUGGUUCUUUACGACCGCCCGUUAAAGAUUGAAGCAGUGUAUAUUACUAGGAGGAGAAGCCGCUCUCCUGUGGAGAGAGACUUGUAUACUGCUGCUCAAAGCCAUAGACAUUUGCAGAGACCCCUCUCGCCCACAGGACUUGGAUACAGGGACUACCGCCUGCAGCAGCUGGCCCUGGGUCGGCUCCCCCCUCCCCCGCCACCCCCUCUGCCCAGAGAACUGGAGCGGGACAGAGAAUUUGCACUGUUUGAAGCCAGGGCACGUCCAGCUUUUAUUGCAGAGCGAGCUGCUUUUCGUGAAGAUGAUUUUAUAUCUCCUGAAGAUGACCAAAGAGCCAAUAGGACGUUGUUUUUGGGCAACCUGGACAUAACUGUUACAGAGGCAGACCUGAGAAGAGCCUUUGACAGGUUUGGGGUCAUAACAGAAGUGGACAUUAAAAGACCCACACGAGGACAAACUAGUACAUAUGGUUUCCUGAAAUUUGAGAACCUUGACAUGGCCCAUCGUGCUAAGCUUAGUAUGUCUGGCAAGGUUGUGGGUUUGAACCCUAUAAAGAUCGGCUAUGGGAAAGCGACUCCCACCACACGCUUGUGGGUGGGUGGUCUUGGACCCUGGGUUCCUGUUGCUGCCUUGGCACGAGAGUUUGAUCGUUUUGGCACUAUUAGGACCAUUGACUACAGAAAAGGGGAUACUUGGGCCUACAUUCAGUAUGAAAGUUUGGAUGCUGCACAAGCAGCUUGCACACACAUGAGGGGCUUCCCUCUGGGGGGUCCAGAGAGGAGACUUAGAGUGGACUUUGCAGACACAGAGCAUCGUUACCAGCAGCAAUUUCUGCAGCCUCUCCCAAUACCACCGUUUGACAUGGUGGCUGAGUCUUUUGUGCACCGGGCCACCCCUGAGCCUCUGAGGGUCAGGGAACGGACUCCACCGCCACUUCACUUCAGGGAGAGAGAGCUCUUUCCUGGUACUGAGUGGCCAAACCCAGCUAUUCGGGAUAGGGUACGUGCCUCACCUUUUGAGCCUCUGGAACACUUGGAACGUGAGCGGCGGGCGCGGGAGCCCUGGUCUCUGGAACGCGAGCUCCAAGGACGAGAUCCUGCACGCAAACGGCGAGUCAUGGAGGAUGGACGCCACUUAGAUCACUCCCCUGACAGCACUGACAGGACAGUAAGACGGAGGCGUUCUUCUCCAGAUGGUAGCCCUGGAGGUAGCAGCAGAGAUGGAGGGCGCUUUAGUGACUCAGAGCGUCCUGUGCGGGGGGAGAGGGCCUCCCCUGCACGAGAGCAUCACAGCAGCCUUGAAAGAGGCGGGGCUGAGCGAAGACUUAAAGGCCAAAGUGUCUCUGACAAGGGACCUUCAAGCAGCAGUGUGUCAACAGUUGGUGAGCGCAAGCGCAAAGCAGGCGAAGGUGGCAAGGUGCCAGCUAAGAGAGAACGCUCUGAGAGCAGCUCCAAGGGGGGCCAGCCAUCCAAAACAGACAGCACCAAACUCAGCCUGGCCUGGCACGGGAUGCUGCUGCUAAAAAACAGCAACUUCCCAGCCAACAUGCACCUUCUGGAGGGAGAUCACAGCGUAGCCAGUGACUUACUAAUUGAUGGCACAACAGGGAGGCAGGUGAGCGAGCUAAAGAUCACUCAGCGUCUCCGUCUGGACCAGCCCAAGCUGGAUGAGGUGUCUCGGCGCAUCAAGGUGGCGGGUCCUGGUGGCUAUGCCAUCCUGCUGGCAGUUCCUGGAACCACAGAGGAUGCAUCUUCAUCCGACCCAGCGACCUCAACUCAGCGCCCGCUUCGCAACCUGGUGUCCUACCUCAACCAAAAACAAGCAGCAGGAGUCAUCAGCCUUCCUUUAGGGGGGGGCAGAGAUAAAGACAACACAGGGGUUCUUCAUGCUUUCCCUCCCUGUGAUUUCUCCCAGCAGUUCCUGGAUUCUUCUGCUAAAGCUCUGGCUAAGAGUGAAGAGGACUAUCUGGUCAUGAUUGUUGUUCGUGGAGCAUCCUGAAAAAUCAGAACACAAAAUUCAAGUCAUGUAAAAAAAAAAAAAAAAUCUGCUGUAUGUCAGUAACUAUUGCAUGCUGUGUGUUCUGCAUUAUGGGGUUACACUAAUAUGGUUCCUGAGUGUCUGUAUGUUGCCAUGUAAUCCACUAAACGGACAAACAGUGCCCUCUGACCAAACUAAGACAGUGUGUGUUUUUCAAAUUAUUUUUAAGAUUGUAUGGGUUGUUCAAAGUCAUAAUCCCAAAGUUAUUCGGCCAGUAAUAAGAGAGGAAUUUGUUAAACAAUUGUCAGUUUAAUUGAAAAGAGAUUAAUCAGUUUUAAAACAAUUUCUUCUCAAUUUACAAGUUAUAAAUCUUAAAUUACCCAAAAAUGAAAAUGGAAUUCAACAAGUAGACACAAUAACAAAUCCACUCCAAUGAAAACCAUAAACAAUGGCCUUGCGGCUAUGAUGUUACAACCAUGUCUCAGUUACAUUGAUAAACAAAAACUUAAAUCAAUAUGUUUAACAACAGCCCUAUUUGUUAUCUUUCCUUAUUGCCUCAGAUUGUAUUUGUGUUGUUAUUGUGUCUACCUCCUCUUCCUAUUCAAAAUGCACCCACAGUGCAAUAAUUCUAUUACUAUAAUCAGUUUCUGAUGGAGUGUCACAAAGGUUAACAUGGCAUUUCUGAAUUGAAGGUUUCAGUAAAGAUGUCCUUGAACUAAAGUUACAAAGUAAAGCCUUUUGGAUCAGAAACAUUUUCAAGGUCGACACAAGUCUGCUCUUCAGCACCCCACACUCCAUUUAGCAGGCGCUUCUUCUGGCCAUCUUGCCUCCCUUAAGUAAAAAUGAUAAGAUAAUUGGUGAAUGAAGUGUGGUGUGCUGAUGAAGAUUUGUACAUUUUAAUUGUGAUGGACUUUUCUUGCCCAAGUUUUAUGCCUCUGUGUGUUCUCAAAGCUGGGAAAUAUUUUAAGGUCACUGUUGGAAAAAAAGCAACCUCACAAAUUUCAGCUACUUUUGUUGGGUACUGGCUUUGAAAAUCGCAAAUUACUUUGAAUGAAUCUUUGUUAUUGUAUUCUUCAAUACUGGAAUAUCAGUUUGCAAGCUAGACAAUGAAUUCAGCAUGUGUCAACUGGUCAAAGUAAAUUGUUAUAAGGACUCUAUUUGGGAUACUAACAGAUGUGAGAUUUUUGCCCAGAAAACAGCCCAUAACAGUACGCAUAGCAUAGUAAAGCAAACACUAACAUGUUUUUAAAGUUUUUUACUUCAUAUUUAAUUUUGUGCAUCCCUACCUUAGAAAUGGUUGUGAAAUGUGAUUAAUGACAAACAAUAGUAGUAAUGGAUAAAAGCUUAGAGAGUUUGUGUUGUUUCAUUUAUUAUUGAGUCCAGUAGGUCUAUCAGGACAAAUAAUAAUCAGUACCAGCAAAAUGUUGGCUCAAAGAAACUAAAACCUGCUAUCUGUUCAGUGAACUUCAAAGUUUUAGACAUACGUUUACAGUAAAUGUUGAGUUUAUUUUUUAGAGGUUUUAAUUAGAUACUUUACUAAUGCCUGCCAACAUCUUCCCAUGGCCUACCUACUAUACUUUGUUUUGCCAUUUUAUGCUUGACAUGCAACAGUAACCUAUCCUGACUUCUGUUUUGCUGAGUUUGGUUAAAUAUGUCUUGAAAACAUCAGUAUGUCAGAAAAUUGUUGUUUCUGUGGACAAUGCAGCCACUUCAACGCUGGACUCCUGAGCAGCCCCGAGGGCAGAGCUGCAAACUUCUGCAGAGUGUUUGUGAGUCCUCAGUUAUGAGGCAGCUUUCUAGUUGUGUAUCCCAUCUGCACCUGUGAUGACUUCUGUUUUAAAAAUGGAAAAUUGAGCAAUGUACACUUUGAUGUCAUGGGAGAGGAAAAUCCGUAGAGCCCAUGCGAAGCUGUUCACAUACCUGCAAGUGCAUUUGGGCACUUAAUGUGACCGAUUAUCAAUAAAUUGUUCAUUUGAAGGGAAACAUGUUUCUUCGAUGGAAGUGAAUUGAAGAAACACACUGCCAUACCUUAUUGUGUUCCAAGGAGUUUGCACUUGAAAUUUUGUUUCUGCACACAAAAGGGAGACAACAUGCAGUUUGUUUAGCCUCUUUGAGGAGAGAAUCCUGUGUUGUGUGAGGAUCGCUGUUUGCUUACUGGCCUGUUCUGGGCUCCUAAGUUCCACAACAUAAAUUACUCCCCAGUGAUCCUCUGUCAUGCUCAACUCUUCCUGUUGGCAUGUGAUCAUCUCAUCAGGAUCGAGGAGCUUCAGCUGCCCCUUCUUAACAGCCAGAAUCCAGUUUGCAGUCAGAGGCUUCAGCAGAUGUAAGACAACGGUGCAGUUCAGGAAUCGAGGGCUGGAGCAGCAUGUGCCGGUGUCCGGUGGUCUUCCUGGUAAUUACCAUAAAGGUCUCCUGUGCAUUGUUCCUGGUUCUGAAUAGGAGCAGAGGAGAUCCAAUCAUCACCUGUUACACACUCCACUCCAGAGAUUGUGUGUGACAACACUGAUAUUUCCAUAGCGUCUUCAGCUCAGGGUGUCUCUGCAAGGGCCGAGCUAACCCACUGGGCUGAUUCUUCUGUAUUAGUCUUUGUCCUGUUAUGGUUUGAUUUGACUUAAUGUUUGGCUCAGGGAAGAGGAUCGGUCCAAAACUCAGCUAGGAAUAUUGUUUGCCCCCGUCUUUUUGCUCUCUGAUUGAAGCCUCUCCAAGGAGAUGAGAAGUGUUUUUGCUGUGCUGAAGCUGUAUACGAUUGGCGUCCAAGAUCUGCGGCAGCAUGGAAAGAAACAUGAACAGGCCUGACCCUUUUUGACAUCACUGCAAGGAUCCACGCAGCAGACACUCCCCCAGGUUACCCUAGGAGACCUGUUUGUUUAGCCAGUACCCCUCUAUACAGUAAUGAUGGCUUUACACAGUAAAGAAAGUUUCUCAUUCCCUCUUGACGUCCAUUUUAGUUAGAAGAGUGAAGACAAAAGCGGUGUUCUUUGCUGAGAAGGACCCCUUACUCCAGUAGAGAAACAUUGCCAUCUUGAGGACCAUGGAGUGCCUGCUUUCCUUCUUUGAGCCUACCUGAAAAAAAUCACACUCAUGCAUCCGACACCCAGGACAGAGCUCACUGGGGGUAUGACGGUGUGACUGCUGUGUAAAAAUGGCAUGAGGGUGAGUAAGGAGAAAAGUGCUGCCUGCUAGGUCUGUAUCGAUGGCAUAGGCAGCAGUGGUAAGUAUAAAGUGUCAACACAACAUGUAAUACAAUAACCAAAUCAAAAUAGCACAGUCUACAAAAAGCUCUGAGGCUAUUUCCAAUUAAUACAGUUAUCACUAAUGGGAUUAAAAAUAGAAUGGGACGAUUUUAAACCAACAGUAGCACAAAGCAUAAAACUGCUGCUUUUUAAACUGUUCAUUCGAACACCAGAAUAUUUACUAGUCAUGACCAUAAAGGUGUAUGUCUUUGCAGCACUGAGUUAAAACAGUUAAAACAGUAAAGUGUAAACAUCCGUUAAAUGAUUUAGAUUAAAAGUACACACAGUAGUCUUGAGCCAUGUCAAAGUGAUUAAAACAGACAUUUCACUGAAACCUUGAUAUCAAUAAUGAAUAAUAAAACCUGCAGAAAGGGUAAAAAAAUUAGUGCUACGUGCAAAACAUGACAUUUACUAUGAGGCCCAAAAAUACACCAAUCUCUCUUUGAACUCACAUUCAUUCAUAGUGAGAAUUUUCAGUGAACCUUGACUGACCUUAGAUAAUGUUAUUGAUCCCAUUUCAGGCAAACAGGAAAUAUUUGUAGAAGCAUGUAAGCAGCAGCCAGUAAGGAGAUACCAUACAACUUCAAAUAAUAGCCUGGGGUUUUAUUUACUUCAUUUUUUUUUAAAUGACCCUGCUUUUAUUUUUUUCUUUUCUCAUCCUAGGUUGAUAGUCUGAUCUCACAUUCUUAAGUAAAAUAAAAUACUGUUUGUUCCUGUAGUCAAAGUUGUUUCCUCACAGCUUGUGUGUCUAAACUUUAGAGACAGUGUGGCUCCAGUACGUGUUAACGCACCACGUCCAUCGGUUGAGUUUGCAGGAUCAUAUUUUGAGUUAUGAUCAAGGUUAGGGUUGACCAAAAGGUAUAAGAGGUGAAGUACUUUGGGCUUCGUUCGACAUCUGACUUCAACCUCUCACUGUGUUGAUGUCAAUGUCUCUCCUCGGCCGAGAAAACAGCUCAACCGAAGUCAUCUCAGUCUCGUGUCUUCUUCCCAUCUAAGUUUUACAUGAUUUAUGGAAAAUUUGUCUACCAAAGCCUGAUACCUCAAAUGAUCGCAUGAAAAUUCAAACUUUUUGGGAACUGAGAUGUUUAUUUAAACCUAAUAACAAAAUAAUUUCAAAAAGACACCAUUUCACAUAUAUAUUUUGUCUAUCACAUUUGAUAUGAGAGGCAUUUCUGGCAACUGACAAUCACCGGAGAGCAUUUUUUUAAUAAUGUUUCGUAUUAUAUACAAAAUGUUUUAAACUAAAGUAUUGAUCAUGUUGAUUAGGUCGAGGUCUUAAGAAUUUGUGUAUCAAAUUAAAAUUGGCUUUAAAGCAUUAAGGAAUCAAACCUCAACAAACUGCUUUUUCUGCAAAACUGACUUAUUUAGGAGAUGUCAAAAACCUAUGGCCACAUAUGACAGGUUUCCUGAGGAUCCUGAAGAGUCUUAAAAAGUUUUAAAUUUUGGAAGGCACUUUUUUAAAGAAACACCUUCACCCAGUCUGGCAAAAUGUAUUUCAUGUUCAUGAUUCUCUUUUGCAUUGUUUAUUAUUAAGCAAGAAAACCCACUGAAAUGUGUUAUAAGUAUCACUAUAGAUUACAUUGAUUAAAAAAGAGGCAUUAAAUUUGGCUAAUUCAUCUAAUUUGGGUGUUUUCUGACAAGGGCUGAACGAUUUGGGAAAAUAAUCUAAUUUUUUUCCCCAAUGUUGCGAUUGCGAUCUAAUAGUUAUUAUUUUAUUUGUUUUAUGUUCCUCAUCUUUUGUGUUUCUCAAACAAACAAUAAAUCAUUGUAUAUCACAAUGAACACAGUAUUUGGUAGAAUAAUCUAAGCCUGAACAAUCUUGAAAAAGAUAUUUAAUUGCAAUUAUUUUGACUCAUAGCAAAUUUAACAAAUUAUAUUGAAGGGAAUGAUCAUUUGAAAUAAGACAAUGUACAAAACAAGGAAAGUAGGAUUUUUUUUUUGAAAAUUAUUCUAGAAAAAGAUCAACAUUUGAAUGUUUGCAUCUGUGAAGAGCAUAAUGUCCCUGUCUUAAUGGAUCUAUCUGGUAUUUUCAAACAAAUUUCCAGUCAGAGAAAUAUUGCACCUUCUGCAGCAGGACAUAUAAAAGAAUAAAGUGAUAAUAAUAUGUAAGAAUAGUAUUCAUCAGUAGCCAAUACUUGUUUUUAUCUGGCAGGUGGCAGAAUAAUCUCUGCUUUGCUCACAGCACAUGUAGACUGUAUGAAUAAUGGUUAUAACAGAGACAUGAAACCUAAGGAUCACUCACCUAGUUGUUAAAAAUGACAACAGAAAUAAGGGAUUUGUCAUUGAGGAGUUUAAAAUUGUAACAAAUUUGAAAGGAAACUUGAGUGCAAUGGAAAUACCACAUUAAGUUUACCUCUACAAUAUAGAUUAUCCAGAUAGGAAACAUUCCCUGACAUAUUUUUCAUGUGUUCUUCUUUUGUGCAAGUACAGGGCUAAUCUUUGUAAUUAUUUGACCUGGUAUGCAGUAUUUCACUCUACAUCUACCAAUUCUUCAUACUGUAUUAUAACAGAAGAUUUGUCAGUAAUAAAGGCUACAUAGAGGUCAUCAAAUCUGAUCUUCAGUUAUAGUUAAAGAUACAAACUACUAUUCUGCUCAUGCCUCAAACGGCCAUACAGACUGAAUGUAGUUAAGUAAUGAGUACUUUUUUGUUGUGUCAUUCAACAUUUUCAUGAUUAUAAUCAUGUGUUACUGUGUGCUAGUCAACUAUCUUAUUAUCUAUAACCCAUUUAAUUCAUUUUUUUGUUUUAUUUACAGACCUUCACUGGACAGCAGACGGUGCAUUAGUUUCCAGGCUGUCAGUGAUCACCAUUGGGUGCCUUCUAUAAGGCUCAGUGAAAAGACUGAUGACACAACCCCAGAACAAAAGCUUACUGCCGUACUUUACCUCUGACUCACCCACACAGAUGUCAGUGUGGCCAAAGUGUAAGAGAUAAGAUCAGCUGGAAUGUUCAGAGAGUUUUCAGUGAAGGAGGAUACACACUUGAGCACACUGCAAGGAAUUCAGGGCCCCAAGAAAAUAUGUGCGACAACACCCCCCAAAAAGUAUACAUUCAUAAGAAAGGCUUAUUAGCCCUGUCACUGCUCCCCCCACUUAUCCACUGCAUUUGAAGACUUCAUGAAAUGACACACAAACACACAAAAAAAACUGGAGACAAAUGUAACCCCUCCCCCAUCUAACACAUCUGACAAAGUCAUGGCCAAAUCCAAUGCAUAUGCACUGCGUAUGUAAGGGUUUGUUAUUGUGUGCAUAUGGAAAAGUGGGUUAGCAACUUCAUGAGAGGUUUCCAUGACGUGAUCCACUCACCUGCCAAAGGAGGCCCUGUGAGGCAACCGAGGCCAA